CCUUCUCUCUCUCUCUCUCUCUCUCUCUCUCUCUCAUGUCAACGGUGAUGGUGGAAGAGAGAGCUCCUGUAGGUGGAACGGGAGGUUACACACAGGAUGGUACCUUGGACCUCAAAGGUAGACCCGUCCUAAGAUCAACCACAGGCCGAUGGAAAGCUUGCUACUUCAUUGUUGGGUAUGAAAUUUUUGAGAGGAUGGCUUACUACGGGAUUGCAUCAAACCUAGUGAUAUAUCUGACUCAACAACUCCAUGAAGGAACAGUUACAUCCUCAAAUAACGUCACAAACUGGGCCGGUACUGUCUGGAUAACACCCCUUUUAGGAGCUUAUAUUGCAGACACAUACCUUGGACGAUACUGGACCUUCAUAAUUGCAUCGGCCAUUUACCUCGUGGGAAUGUGCUUAUUGACGUUAGCAGUUUCACUACCAAGCUUGAGGCCUCCAUCUUGUGGGCAUGAAGUUAAAGCAGAAGACUGUGACAAAAGGGCCUCAACCCUGCAAAUAGGCAUCUUUUACCUGGCCUUGUACAUAAUCGCAAUCGGAACCGGUGGAACAAAGCCUAACAUCUCCACCAUGGGGGCUGACCAAUUCGACGACUAUGAGCCCAAAGAGAGGUUCCAAAAGCUAUCCUUCUUCAACUGGUGGAUGUUUAGCAUCUUCCUUGGCACCCUUUUCUCCAACACUUUCCUUAUCUACAUUCAGGACAACGUUGGCUGGGCCGUCGGCUAUGGCCUACCAACAGCUGGGCUGGCUGUAUCGAUAACCGUGUUCAUUGUGGGCACGCAGUUUUAUAGGCAUAAGCCACCGUCAGGGAGCCCGUUGGCUCGGAUGGCUCAGGUCCUGGUGGCCACUGUGAGGAAGUGGGGAGUUGUUGUCCCAGCUGAACCUAAGGAACUCUACGAGCUGAGCUUGGAAGAGUACUCCAAUUCUCGCCAAUUUAGACUUGAUCAUACCUCUUCCCUCAGCCUUCUAGAUAAAGCAGCGGUGAGAACGGGUCUUAAUUCACCAUGGAUGCUGUGCCCAGUGACUCAAGUUGAACAAACCAAGCAAAUGUUAAAAAUGAUCCCAAUUCUAGUAGCAACAUUCAUACCUAGCACCAUGCUGGCACAGACACAGACACUCUUCAUCAAACAAGGCACAACGUUGGAACGGAGCAUCGGCCCCCACUUCAAGAUCCCACCAGCGAGCCUCGCAGCAUUCAUCACCAUCUCCAUGCUCAUCAGCAUCGUCAUCUACGACCGUCUCUUCGUCCCUUUCAUUCGUAAAUAUACCCAAAACCCCCGAGGGAUCACACUGCUGCAGAGAAUGGGCAUCGGCCUCGUCCUGCACGUCAUCACCAUGAUCACAGCCAGUUUUGCUGAGAGGAGACGGCUUAGUGUGGCACGAGCAAACGGGAUUUUCAAGAAAGGCGAGACGAUCCCUCUGUCAAUCUUCAUUCUUCUGCCUCAGUUUGCUCUUAUGGGAGUUGCUGAUAACUUUGUGGAGGUGGCGAAGAUUGAGUUCUUCUACGAUCAAGCACCGGAAGGCAUGAAAAGCCUUGGAACUGCAUAUUUUACAACCAGCUUGGGAGUUGGCUAUUUCUUGAGCAGUUUUUUGCUGUCAACGGUGGCUGAUGUUACUAAGAAGUACGGCAAAGGGUGGAUUUUGGACAACCUGAAUCUCUCACAUUUGGACUAUUACUAUGCGUUCUAUGCAGUUCUGAGCUUUAUCAACCUUGUCUUCUUUCUGGUUGUUGCAAAGCUGUUUGUUUACAACACAGAGACAAGUCAUAAGGAACUGGAACUACAAGCAGCAGAAGAAGAGGAGUCAAACAAAUGUUUGGAUGAUAGAGCAAGCACAGAAACUAGCCAGAAGAACUUAAUGCCACUCUGAACUGCAAUUCUCCUCUCUUUCAAGUUUAAACUUUUAGACCAUAUGCGAAUAAUACUCGGUUUGUAAAGUUUAAUCAGCAGGUGAAACUCUCUUCUAUAAA